UUACGCUAUUGGAUAGAACGCCGCCGUAAAGCGGAAGGCUGUCAUGGGAGCAACGUAACGUGAAGAGAUGUCCGUCUUUUGUCACUAACUUAAUCAUUUUAUCCCGAUUAACUUUAGCACAUACUCAACUUUAUGUCAAACACGGGUCAACAUGGCGGAGAAGUUUGAUAAUCUUGAGGAACACCUCGAGAAAUUUAUCGAGAACAUUCGUCAACUCGGUAUUAUUGUCAGCGAUUUUCAACCAAGCAGUCAAACGGGACUCAAUCAGAAACUGAACUUUAUGAUCACUGGAUUACAGGACGUUGAGAAAUGCAGACAGCAACUUCAUGAUAUUAAUGUACCUUUGGAGGUGUUCGAGUAUAUUGAUCAGGGUCGUAACCCUCAACUCUAUACCAAGGAGUGCUUAGAGCGAGCAUUGGCUAAAAAUGAACAGGUUAAGGGAAAGAUUGACACCUUGACGAAAUUUAAAAGCCUCCUUAUAUCCGAGCUGGGAAAGGUUUUUCCUGAAGAGAUGGCCAAAUAUAAGGCUAUUCAUGGAGACGACCCUCCUUCAUGAUCGCUGUUGCCGGUUCAAACACAAGAUGUACAUAUGUGGAUAUUAAUAUAAAACGUUUUUUAUGAUUCUGAUCAUAUCAGUCAGAUAUGCAAGUUUCUACAGCUUUUUCAUGUUUGCAUUUGCCUUUCACAAGAUAGUGGUUGGAAAACUGGGGGAUUUUUCUUAACGCCUUGUAAUUUUUGCAGCAUUUUCCAGUUGAAUAAAUUGAUUGUUUUGUAGUCACAACAGGUUUUUUGUUUAUGUGAUUGUUUUUCUUUCAUUUAUAAUGGAAAUAUCUGUGAGUUUUUGGUUUUAUUAAAGCACUGUUUAAAGUUA